AUGGGGAGGAAAGGACAGUUGGCCGACUCCAUGGAGGUCGCUGCCAUCGCCGAGGCCGAGCUUGAUGCUCAACACGAAUUGUGGGACUCACAAAUCCAAGAGGUCCAAGCCGCUGUGACCGCAAUCGUAGUACAACAAGCUGCUGUGCAAACGAAUAUGACACAAGUGCAACAAACUCUCGUUGCUCAACAAGAUCAAAACACCGCUUCCCAAAAAUCGAUUUUGGAAGAAAUUCGAGCUCUCUGA